AUGGACGGGUUUACUCAAAGACCCCUACCACCGAAUAAAAAAAUAAAAAUAGACCAACAAUUGAUUACAAUGAUCGCUAAAGAGUACCAUCCACUGAAUAUUGUUAAUGAUACCGAAUUCAAGAAAUUCGUAGCACUAUUAAACUCGUCUUAUAGUUUGCCUACUAGGAAGACACUAUCUGAAAGUCUGCUACCACAACGAUACUUACAGCUUAAGGAGCAAGUAAAAAAUGAAAUUUCAAAGGCUCCCGCCGUCUGCAUUACUACGGAUAGCUGGACCUCUUAUAAUAAUGAGAGUUUUAUUGCCAUCACUGCACACUAUAUUGACCUAGAAGCGGUCGAAAGCAAUACGCUCUAUGCUGAAAGCACUAUACUGGACCCUAGGUUCAAGGGCAAAGGUUUUUGUGAUGAAAGCAAAUAUGAGAGAGCUUUGGCGUCCCUGAAGUUGAAAGUCGGAGCUAUGCGCAUUCACGCGCCUGAGUCUACGCCAAUUAGGACGGAACCUAUACCCAUACCAUCAUCAUCGACUAAUAAGGAACCUUCAAUUUGGAGCGAUUUUGACGAAGAAGUUGCGAGCCUUGUUCCAGAGAAUAGCACUGCAGCCGGUAUAGUUGAGGUAGAUAAAUAUAUCCAGGAGCCCAUUUUACACAGGUUGGAGGAUCCUCUACUUUGGUGGCACACCCGAAAGUCGGUCUACCCCCUGUUAUAUCAAUACAUUUUAAAAAGACUGAAUAUUGUCGCAACUUCCGUACCCUGUGAGCGCAUAUUCUCGAAAGCAGGACUUACUUUGACUGACCGAAGAAGACGGCUAAAGGCGGCAAAAGUGUCCAUGUUAUUAUUUAUUGGCAGUAAUCUUAAA